CUCUAAAUAUGGUGCCCCCCAUCAAAGCCAAGAAAAGUAAUGGAGACGGAAACUCAGCUGAUUCUUCAAUCGUGUGGCAUAUUUUCAAGAAAACGUCCAACCCAAAGGCUGCUUAUUGCUUGAAGUGCAAAAAGGAGUAUAGAACCGGUGGAGGUACUUCAAACUUAAGGAAGCACUUUUUUACUAAACACAAGGACAUCUUUGAUUUGAUCUCCGGAAGCGCCCGCAGUCGCACGGCAAACACAAGCAAGGAAAACAUUGAGGAUGACUCUGAGGAGAGAACUGAAGAAGUACUAAGUGAUACGGAUGAGGAGGAGUUUGUACUAGGAAGGAAAAGGUCGAGGCCCAUAAUAGAAGAUAGCAAUGACGAGGAAGACUCUAAUACUGUCGGAGCGCAUUCUACGAGAGAGGCAAGUUUAGAAAAAGCAUUGCCAGAGGUUUCCAAGGUUACUAAAAUGAUGAGCCAGAGUAAAAGUAUGAUGGUACCUGAAAAGAAACAACUCACCAUCCCUGAGGCACAUCUUAGAAAAGAAUCAUAUUCAAAAGGAGGAGCUAAGCAAAUGAAGUUAACAAUGUGGCUAUUGAAAGGACAAAGCAUGGGAUUGGUUAAAGAGAAUUUUUUCAUGAUGGAAUCUUCUAAAGAUUGGUUGAAGCAGAUGUUCCCUUUAUAUGAAACAGUGCCUGAGGAGAUGAUCGAGGAAACUCAGGAGCUUAUGUUCAAAACAUAUCACAUUUUCGCGAAAGAGAAGCUAAAAAAUGCUAAGACUUACAGUUUAACUGUAGAUGUGAAGGAGAGAGCUGCAAUGGACACUUAUGUAGAGCUUACUGCCGUAAUUCCAGCAGACGCUGAAAACUCUCUUGUUUACCUACCUCUAAGCCACUUGAAAGUUGUGCAAUGCUCUGAAGUUCAACUCAUUACCUUCAUCAAGAAAACGUUGUCGUCUUUCGGACUGCUGGACAAGACCAUGGGGUUCCUUCUGUUCAGUGGAAGGAAGUCCAUUUUUGAAGACUUGGACAAAAGCACUGAAAAAACUUUUCAGUCGGUUGCAAAAUUCCAAUGCCUGAAGGACAUUUUGUCUGAAAUAUUAUCAGAUGCAUUGAACGACUCGAGCUUAAUCAACGAAUUGUUUGAACGUGUUUCGGAAAUCAUCCAGUUCAUCCAGACCUCGGAUGAGCUCCUGGAUGCCGCUAAAAGAGCAGGAUCAACACAUGAAAAAGAUAAAAAAACAAUGGAAUAUCUUUUGAAGCUGCCUUUCGCCGAUUCAACUGAUCUGUCGCUAUACACCACUUUUGCAGCAAUCUCUGGCAGCCUGUCUAAAUUAAUCACUGAUUCGCAACUAUAUGAAUGCCCAAACCUACUAAGCCUCGCUGAUAACAAGACGUUGAAAGAAAGCGUUGACGUUCUGCAGCCAUUACAGGCCUUCUCAUCUCAACUGCGAUCACCCAAGAUGCCGCUUUUAAUUAGCGAAUACAUACCAUUAUUGGUUACAAUUAGGACCUGCAUCACCAAAGUUGACGUCCUUUGUGAGGGCGCCUUGGAACUGAAAAAGAAUAUAUUAGGGAAACUAUCAAGUAAUUAAGAGUUAAAAAUUAAAAAAAAAUUGAAACGUAAUUAUUGUUUUAAAU